GACACAUUCCUCUGCAGUUUACAUCUGAAGCAGCACUGAGGAGGAUGGAUUGUUCAGAGGAACUCCAGUCUGUGUCUGAGGAGCCCUGCGCUCAGAUGGAGCUAAAGAAGGGAAUGUCAAUUUUCAUUGAUAUUUUGCGAAGGGCCGAUAAAAACGAUGAUGGAAAGCUGUCUUUUGAUGAAUUCAAAUCCUACUUUUCUGAUGGAGUCCUGACUGCUGAGGAACUGAAGGAGCUCUUCCACACAAUUGAUACUCAUAACACAGACAAUGUGGACACGGAUGAACUCUGUGAGUACUUCUCGCAGCACCUUGGCGAAUAUGAGAAUGUUCUUGCAGCCCUGGAGGAGCUUAAUAUGUCCAUACUGAAAGCAAUGGACAAAACAAAGAAG